AUGAACUGGACUGAGGGCGCACUUUCUCGUCACUCUCGUGGCAAAGGCUGGGACAAGGACGCCGCCCGCCAGAGGCAAUACUUCGCUAAAGCAAGAGCACGGAAGCAUGCUCCAGCUUCAAGCAAAGGCUUGGAUGUUACAUCGUUUGUACCCGAUUACAUAUCACAGCCGAAACCCUCUCAGGAGCGUCAGUCGACCACCUCGACCUCGUCACGUAAACAGAGAACACCAAGAAGAGGACUCGUCUAUAAACAGCCUGAAGUAGCCAAAAAAUCCGACAACCACUCACCGAAAGACACCAGUACACAACUCGGAAAGCGGAGUGCAGAAGAUGAACAGACCUCCAAUAUGCCUGUGGACAAAGAUCAUCAAGACUUGAACAUCACUGAGAAGAGGCGCAGGCUCCUCGAAAAGACUGACUGGACUGGAGUUAUUACUCAAAAGCCUGCCUUCGUCGACUUCUCUUGGAGGAAAAAUCCAUUCACCAAGCCAACCACGAAACCGAUUUCCAGACAUGACCACCGAUCUAAUUUACCAUCACGCAGGUCUCUUCAGAGGGACUACCCCAACGAAGGAACCUUGGGCCGGAUUCCUGGUAAUGAGAUGAAGAUCAACAUCGGAAACCAAAAUCUUCGUUGGAGUAGGGACAGCAACUCAGUACGAAGUCUUUCUACCAGGCAUGGCCUUAUCCCGUACGGGUCCAAUCACUAUGAAAGCCAGGGAAUAAUGUCACCAUACCAACAACACGCUCACAGUGUGGAUGUCUCCGAAGAAUCCUCAACAAUAUUACCACGCCCUUGUGAGCCACAAGCGAAUAUCGAAUCACGAAACCCGCUUCUGAAAUUCCCAACCGAUAACCAUAACCUCGUAAGGAGACAUGUUGAAUAUGAAGAGAACCGACAAAGGGAGUCCGACGAGCCAAGCAUCGAGACCAGCCGUAAAGCCCGACAGGAAGCUCAUGAACAAACCAAGCGGGAUCUGGGCCUGAAGAAACCCAAAGUUCCAUUCCCUCUCUUCGAGUCAACCCUAUCUUCUAGCUCGGUAGCACCACCAAGCGACGUAGCAGAACCACCAUCAGCAUCGCGAGAUGGUUGGUCUUUACACAAGGACAGCAACCAUAGUAGAACAGAUGAUCGGGCUGAAGAUUUGCGAGAGCCAUCGGAAGCAGUUGCAAAUACAAGUAUUGGGAGUACAACGGACUCAGUUAUUGCCCACCCGGCCUCACCUCAGCCGCUACUUGCCGAGUUCAAGUUCCACCAGCCCCAACUCUUCACAGGAAGGUUAGCCAAUGAUGCGCCAUGCAAUCCACUGUCUACUUUGUAUGCCCAACCAAAGAAGGGAAGACGGCCAAGAAAGCGAAGGGAUAAGGAGCGACCUGAUUUCCGUGCGAUUCCUAACUAUAAUGAUGAUCCAAUUGAGGAGGAUUAA